AUGCUCAAGGAUAUCGGAGGUGUGAAGCAGAGACUACAUUGUAUUCAACUGUUCGCUCCUCAUGGAAUGAGCGAAAUUAAAAUACAGACUGUUAGUAGCAAUUUGGCAACAGUGUCAAAUUUAAGACAACAAUCGUUACAAACGACCAGUAAAGGUAUAGAGGAAAAAUUAAAGUCACAUUAUAAUAAAAGAAAGUCAAUUCAAAACAAACAACGAAAUAAUCCAACUAAGCCUUCAUUGAGUCCUGAUACGAUAAAUCAUGACCCUGUGGAUAGUAGCUCCGGCACUAGCACCGAUAGUAGCUCUACUGAAGAUAGCCAUGAUGAAAUUGUUGACCAUGUUGAAGGCCGUCGAGGUCGAAAUAAUAACACGAAUAAAACAGUUAAGAAUUUACAAGGCGGGAAUUUAAGAUUCGCAGGCAAUGAAAAAGAAAACUCGGAAGAAUUUUUAGAUCGCCUCGUGGAUUUUAAAAAUUGCAUGGGAGUGGCUACUAGGGAUCUGCUGGCAUCGUUACCGGCGAUCCUAACACAAAAUGCUAGUCGUUGGUACCGGGGCAAUAGGAAUGAUUUUACAAUAUUCACUAAAUUCAAACAGGCGUUUAAACCCCAGUUUAUCGGGGAAUUUGAUAGGGAAGAUUUGAUGGAGGAAUUGCGUUUGCGCACUCAAACAAAGGAAGAGAAGAUAUCGAGAUAUCUAUCCUGCUUUAAAUAUAUUAUCAGUAGAUUUUCUGAUCCUCCUUCCUUGGAAACGCAAGUAGAGUUAGCUCUACGCAAUCUCUUACCAUCUUAUAGAAAAAGUACGGCGCGAAAAAGACUGAGAACGUUAGGAGAUAUAGAGAAAUAUGGGAGACGUCAUGAGAAAGAAUUAGAUUUAGAUGCAAGAUACGUUCCCCCUCCACCGGUCGAGAAGUCGUGGAUUCCAACUGCUGCGUAUACUAGACAGCCAAUUAAAUCGGCAAAAGUGGCUGUAGCUGAGGAGAACCAGCAAAGUGGCUCUAAAAUUAAAAACCAGCAAGGGAAAACUAAGACUGGGGAUUAUGUCCAGGCAACAGUGAUUCCUUCGGAAAAUAAGCUAAAUCCUGAACCACAGAAUCCCGCUCCUCAGAGAAAGGAACAAAGUGGCUAUAAACCUAUUCAAAACGAUGGCUUAUGUUAUUUGUGCAAGGAGCCCGGCCAUCGAAGAGCACAGUGUCCUAGCAACUGUUGUUUCCGAUGCAAGGCUCCAGGACACAGAGCAAAAGACUGCCCAUUAAAUACUUCGUACUUACAAUUAUCAUGUCAAGUAUGCGGGGCAUCGGGAGUAAUAUUUACGAACUGUCCUGAUUGUGCAGCAUUAGGUUUUGAUAGUGACUAUGAGGAGUGGCGUGAACAAGUUGCAGCGAAAAAGAGGUGGGUAUUAGGUUCUCAUACGCCAAGGGACGAUAAGUGUCAGGAUAGUGGCUGUGAGAAUUUAGAUAAAGAAGGAGCUGAUUCUGGCUCGACUGGCUUUGAGGAUUCCUCUUUAUGGCUGUUAAAUAGUGGAGAUAAGGAAAUAUCGGUUUUUUCCGUAUUUUCAUCUCAGGAAGGGGGAAAAGCCGUAGUAAAUACGACUGAUAGUAGAGAAGUGGCUAGUGCAGAUCGCAUGCCCAGACGUCCGUUUGCUCGUAUCUCUUUGGAAGGCAAAGAAUAUGAUACGAUGAUUGACUCUGGAGCUGAAAUCUCAUUGGCAGUACCGGCAGUGGCUGAACAAUUCAAAGACCGUCUAAGACCGGCUGACACGCUGUUAAAAGGCUUGUUCUAUACCAGUGAACCGCUGGGUGUCUUGGACGUGUCAAUAGAAUUAGACGGUCAUGUAGAGACUUUACCGUUACGAGUGGUAGAUAACAUAGGGCACGAUAUAGUAUUAGGCAUUGACUUCGGCGAGAAAUGGGAUGUCACGGUAAGCUUAGAAAAAAAACACUGGAAAUCUUUUAACAGUCCAUGGCCACGUCGCAUGUCACCUAAAAUGCGAGAAAUUGCAAUUGCAGAAUUAGAUAAGUUGGCUGAGGAAGGGGUAAUUGAGCGCUCUCAAAGCGAUUAUUCAAGUACCCCAGUGAUGAUACGAAAGUCUGAUGGCUCUUACAGAUUUUGUAUCGAUUAUCGGGAUUUGAAUAAGCAAACGCGAUGCGAUGCUUACCAGCUCCCGAAUAUGGAUGCUAUACUUGAUAAAUUACGCAAAGCUAAAUUUUUGACAAAAAUUGAUCUUAAGCAGGCGUAUUAUCAGAUAGCAAUAGAAGAAAAUAGCAAGCGUUAUACAGCUUUUUCAGUGGCUGGGAAGGGGUUGUGGCAGUUUAAAAGAAUGCCAUUUGGUUUGAUGAACGCCCCAAUGACUUUUCAACGUUUGAUCGAUGAGUUAUUUGGCCCAGAAUUCGAACCAAAUGUCUUCAGGUACUUGGACGAUUUAAUCAUAGUGGAUGGAGUUUUUGAAGAGCAUGUAAUGCACGUGGAAACAGUGUUGCGUAUUUUGAUUGAGGCUGGUCUGACGGUGAAUCCCGAGAAAUGCGAGUUUUGCUGCUCACAGCUACGCUACCUCGGAUUCAUGCUAGAUCGGUAUGGCUUGCGUCCUUGUCCGGAAAAAGUGGCUCCCAUCCUAGAAUAUCCGGCACCAACUACUGUUAAAAAGUUGUGGAGAUUUCUGGAGAUGAUGGGGUGGUAUGCGCGAUUUAUUCCAAAUGAUUCAGAAUUAAAAGUUCCGUUGCUUAAAUUAUUACGGAAAGGACAGGCGUGGGAAUGGAAGGAGGAGCAGGAGCAGGCCUUUAACGAGUUAAAAAAUUCUUUAAUUAAGGCUCCUGUUCUGGCUCGACCUGACUUUUCAAAGCUUUUUACGGUCCAGUGCGAUGCCAGUGGCUUGGCUAUAGGUGCUGUUCUCACUCAAGAACAUGAGGAUGGUGAACACCCUAUUGUUUUCGUGAGUCGAACGUUAAAUCCAGUGGAGAAAAAUUAUUCGACCACCGAAAAAGAGUGCUUGGCAAUGGUGUGGGCAAUCGAUAAAUUCCCUCCGUAUCUCAAGGAAUACCAUUUUACGGUGAUAACAGAUCACAGUGCUUUGAAGUGGCUUAUGGCUUUGAAGGAACCAGCGGGCCGAUUGGCUCGUUGGGCUUUCAAGCUUCAGCAAUGGGAUUUUGAGAUUAUGCACCGCAAAGGCGCUUCUCAUCAUGUCCCUGAUGCCUUGUCACGUAUGUACGAGGGGGCCGAAGAGAUCAUGGUCUUUGAAGCGAUCAUUGAUCCCUGGUACGUUAAAAAAUUGGCAGAAGUCCAAUUGGACCCUCGUAAGUACACGACUUGGUGGGCUGAAAACGGCUUGCUGUACAAGUUCAAGGCCGAUAAGUUACUGGAUCCCACAACGUAUAGAGAUGAUAGUUAG